AUGCAAGGAAGUGAUUCAGCAAAAUCGUUUCUUGAAAAGCUCAAAUACGGUGGAGCAGCCACCGCAUCAAUCGAUAAUGCCGCACCACCUGACGGUGACGGGAUUAUUGUGCGCCGACUUGAAAGACAGUACGCAAGUGAACCAUUGUCAGUGCUGGGGCUGAAACUUAGCGAUGACGCAGAGGUUUUGUCAACGGAAGCCGACUCUCCAGCAGCAAAAGCCAACAUAUUGCCGCAUUACAUGAUUAUUUACGUGAAUAAUCAGUUUGUUGGCUGUCGUGCUGACUUUGAAGAUGUUGCAGCCCAACAUCUGACAUUAAUAAUCAAGCUCCAGACAACGAGUGCCAUGUCCGAGUUGAUGGCAAAACUUUUGGAUGAAGAAGAAAAAAUGGAAACUGAAAACGGUAAACCGUCUACGGAUAUUAAUGAACUUUUGCGUACGACCCCAAGGUACGGGUUUCUGUCGGCAGAACAUCCAAUGUUUCUCAGAUGGAACCACCGAAUUCAAACGCAAAGGGAUGCCAGACAGCUUCUUCGUCAGGCUACACGAGAAGCGGAAGAACAGUUAGCAAAAGAAGCGUUUGAGAAAAUAAGACGGGAGAUGGAGGCUGAGGAGGCAAGGCAACGGGGAAUUACAACAGACUACACAGCCUGCUGUGGUAUCUGUCCCAGAUCCUGUACCAAAACCAGCUGA